CCCGUGCGAUCACGCUGCCGGGGGCGCACGUGGGACCUCCACACGACGAGCGGGGCGGCCUCAAGUUCGUGACCACGCCCACGGGGUCCGCCCACUUCUUCUCCAUGCAGCCGUCCUUCGGGUACUUCAUCUUCACGUACACGCCGCCCGGGUCCACGCACUCGUACCGCCAGUACCUGGACCACGCCGGGCGCCUCCUGCUGACCACGUUCCCCGCCGGCGCCGCCAAGGUGCUCUGCACGUACACGGAGGCGGGGCAGCUGAAGGAGAUCGUGUCGGGCGACGGCAAGACGCAGUUCGCCUACGGCAGCGACGGCCUCAUGGCGGAUCACGACGAGAGAGGCUUUUUUAAAGAGUACAAGAUGGACAUGCUGUACACGGGGCGCCUCCUGCAGGAGCACCGCAUCGACUACGGCGCCCGAACCGGACUGAGCAACGUUAAGUUCACGUACGAGUACGACUCCAACUUCCGCGUGACCAGCUUCGCCGGGCGCAUCGGCGGCCAGAACCUGGCGCCCUUCGCGUUCGCCUACAGCGCGGCCACGGGCGGCCCCUCGCAGAUCGGCCACUUCUCGGUGGCGCGGCCGCGGCUCAACGAGACCGCCAUCCAGGACGGCACCGCCAUCUUCUCGCGGCAGCUGAACGCGCACCUGCAGGUGGCCGAGUCGUCGGUGACCAUCCACAACAUGCAGGUGUUCAAGCAAGAUCCUGUAUGAACGGCAAGAUCAAGCAGACCAACACGUACAGCGCGCAACUUCACAACCAAGCCCUACACCAACACCAAGAACUACACGUACGACGCGGACGGCCAGCUGACCAGCGUGGAGGCCAAGGAGCCCUGGAGCUUCACCUACGACGCCAACGGCAACAUGCUGUCGCUCACCUACUCCACCAACACCAUCCCCAUGAAGUACGACUCGCAGGACCGCAUCGUCAAGUUCGGCGAGGGCGUCUACCGCUACGACUCCCGCGGCGCCAUCGUCCAGAACGCCCGCGAGGUCACCUACCAGUACAACGCCCGCGGCCUCCUCGUGCGCGCCGCCAAGUCCGGCCGCUUCAACAUCCGCUACAUGUACGACCACGAGAACCGCCUGGUGGCCCGCAAGGACAACUUCGGCAACGUCACGCAGUUCCUGUACACGGACCAGCGCCACCCGGACCAGGUCUCGCACAUCUACAGCCCCCGCGACGGGAACCUCAUCAGCCUCGUGUACGACGACCGGGGACACAUCAUCUUCGCGCAGGUCUACCGGAACAAGUACUACAUCGCCACGGACGAGUGCGGAACCCCCGUCAUGGUCUUCAAUCAGUACGGCGAGGUCGUCCGUGAGAUGAUGCGCUCUCCGUACGGCCACAUCAUGUACGACUCGAACCCUUACCUGUACUUACCUGUGGAUUACUGCGGCGGAUUACUCGAGACCCGCACCGAGCUCGUCCACAUGCCCCGCGGCCGGAUUUACGAUCCUCUUAUUGGCCAGUGGCUCUCCCCGGCCUGGGAAGACGUGCCGGGCAGCGUCCUGUCGCCAGCUCGUCACUUCUACCGCUUCAACGGGAAUGACCCAUCAACGUACAUCUCAGGCACUGGAAAGAAUUACGACCACAAGGCUUGGCUCUCUCGCCUCGGCUACAACCUGGAGAGUCUGGCUCCUCAGCUGGCGUGGGCUUACACUCCUAAUCCUCCCUCACUCGUCCAGGGUGUCCGGUGCGUGAGUGGUCGUGCUUGGCACGCUGCAGGAGGCGGCGAGGACCACGUCGCGCUCUCGACCCUCACCGCAACACGUCUCAGACACGAUUUCUGGCCGCCAGACCCACAAGGGACAGAGAAGAUCCAGAGACAGACAGAGAGCACCACAGCACAGCCCAGACCAGAACCACCAGCGACAGGACCCGCACACACCCAGCGCACCAGACCAAACCAGAGAGAACAUGCAGCAGCAAACCAACCACGACAAAGAAAAAGCAACACCGAGGAACCGAUCCAAGGAACAGCCCCUACACAACCCGGAGUGGGCCAGCGCUACUCGCUGGACCCCACGCUACCGACCAGCCACCCCACACUCUCCCGCCCCACCGACCACCACCCAUCGCAACCCCACCAGAACCACCACCACGGCACCCAACCGACCACAAACCAAGACACCCCGAACGCCGCGAAAGGCCGAACCGGGACACGCUCCGACGAUCCCUCCCAGACCUACCACCUACCAGCCCACGCAACUCAGCGGAGCCAAAGAGUGAGAGCGGGAAGUGACGCGGAACAGCGCUCAUGCACACCGGGUUCGGACGAAUUUAGAGCGGCGGAGUUGCGUGGUGCUAUAGGAUCCUCACCGAGUCCGGUAGGUUCGUUGCCAUCGGCAAUGUCUCUACCACAGGUCUACGAUAGUCACGUCACCACCACCUACCGACCACCACCACCACGACCAAACAACAACAGGAUCACAACAGACGGAACAAACAUACAGGUAGCGAACAAGCCAAGGUCACCCACCAUGUCACCUUACAACCACUCCAACUCCCCUUCAACUCCAAAGACGCCGAUCGAGAUCGCGAGCGUCCCCGGUCCCUUCGGCGUCGGUCUUUUGGUCUCCUCGGUCGACGGUCGGGCGAUGGUCACGGCCACAGACCUGGCCAACCCGAUCUUUAGGGAUGUCCUUACUUCCGUCUUCAAUAACUCCUUGUUGUUGGACAUCACCCUGACGACGCACAACACCCAUGUCUUCUACUUCGUGAAGGAGAACUUCUGGAAGGCUUCGGAGGACAUGACGCAGCUGAACCGACUCGGGGGCGAAGUGAACAUCACGGUCCACGAACCCUCGGCCUCCGCGCCCCUCCAGGCUGACGAGGAGAAGAACGACAACUUCGUCGACGUGAAGUUGCACAGCGCUUGGGCCGUCGUCCACAUCCGCUAUGGCACCACCGUCGUCCAGGAGAAGAAGAGGUUGCUCAAGCACGCCAAGAAGGUGGCGAUCCGGCGCGCGUGGUCGGAGGAGCGCGAGCGGCUGUCGUCCGGCCUCCCCGGCUCCGUGGAGUGGUCGUCGAGCGAGACGGAGGAGCUCCUGUCCCGCGGCUCCGUCAGCAGCUACACCGCCAAAUACCUGUACCCGCCCGAGGAGUAUCCGGCCCUGCUCGACGACCCGACCAACGUCCGCUUCUUCAGGAACACGAAGCGGACCAGACGGAACUCGAAGACGCGCCGCUCCCACCGCUGCCGCAAGUGGUGGCGCGGGCUCUGCUAGACCACGUGGGGCUCUCCCUCCGCGCCCCUCCCCUUCCCCCUGCUCCCUCCCCCCCUUGCCGCGAUGGGCGCCGCGCGGGGGCCAGCGAGAGAAAGGGAGGGAGAGAGACGGAGGGAGAGACGGGAGAGGAGAAGAGGGAGGGAGCCCGUGCCACGCGAACUUUACCGCUCAUUUCGUCCUAGUUUCUUCGACUCUUGAAGAAGAGGAAGAGGAGGCCCCGGCAGGCGGCUCCUGGCGACGCUGUGGUUGCCGGCGAUGGAUUUUUUAAGAGGAGAUUUUUGCCUGGAUUACAUUUCUUCUUGAUUUUUUUUCUUCGGCCUAAGAGAUUGAAAGAAAUGCAUUUGAAACUUUUUGUCAGUAUAUUAAAGCGAUCUCUCUUUUCUCUUAGCUUGAUGGACUCUUUCGACUAGAGCUCUCCAGGUGUGUUUGUGUACAUGACAUGUCGUGUGAUUUGUAAAUAUUAAACGAGGAAUUUUUUCGCGUCGACGAAAGGAGAAAUCGAGAUCCAUGGACGAGUGGAAUAGGCAAAGUCUAACAUUCCGUGUAUCGAAAGUGGCAUUAUUUUACGGCAGUUGAUGAUAAACCUAAAUGGCGUUCUGAGGGCAUGAGGGCGCUCGGUAAUUAAGUACCCCUUGAAAUGCGCACCUUUGUGGGCACUGCGAUACUGUACUUUGCACAAGAAAAGGACAAUACAUAGGUCGCUUUGCUUGAACGGAAGCGGAAGGUCAGAACAACGAAAUGGUAUUUAAGAGAAAAGGUAAAUAAAUAGAUAGAUGGAUAAAGUGUAAGAAGAUAUUUAUAUGUGAUAAUUCACGAGUCCGUGUGAUAGAGUCACCGCCACUUUGAUUUUUUAAUGUCUGCAUUUACCAGUGAUCGUCGUGUUUGUGUACAUGAUAAGCACAUGUACAGAGUGCGUGCAGUACAUCAGGAAAGGACCAGUACAUGCUGUCUCUGGACCGGGAAGGUGCCAGUGCAAGAUGUAGUGCACGUGCAGUGGUUGCAAAUUAUCUGCACUACAGUGGUUUGUAAGUGGUUUGCAAGUGCGUCUGGCAUUGGGAGUGCCACAGGGGUCAGCCAGUGUUGGUACAUUACUUAUGGCUUGUGUGCCGGCUCUUGAUGUGCUAGUUAUCGCACAUUAAAGAAGAAAAAAAAAAGACUUGUACGGUAUAUCCAUGUUGCAUUUCACGCACUGAGUGUUGCAAGAUUUGCUAAACGAAUUACUAGUAUUUAGGAGAGUGAUUCCAGUGCACAUCCUCGCCCGAGCGGCAGGAGGCCCCAUGUCAACCCUCACCGUAGAGAAGGAGAUAUCAAAGAGCUUUUCACAGUAGUACUCAUGUACAUACAUGAAUGUACGUACAUAUAUACACACGAGCAGAUACAUACACACACAUAAACUUAUAUGUAUACAUGCAUACGUACAUAUAUACAUACGCACACACAUAUGUACAUACAUGCAGACACUGCAAAUGCAUAUGAAUGCAGGUAAAUGCGCAUGCGCGAACGCG